AUCUGUCGAUGCCUCCAACAAGGUGAAAAAUGCAGAAACAUUGGCUGGAAUGUUGGAGCGUGUCAUCAUGGAGGUGGGGGUAGAGAAUGUGGUGCAAAUCAUCACAGAUAAUGCAGCAGCAUAUGUGUCAGCAGGUAGAAUCCUUUUGAAUUAUCACCUUUAGGCAUUAGCAAUAUUCUCAUUUGUUGUGGGCUUUGUUUUACUUGGUUGCAUAUUUCUUAAGAAUAAAUUCUUCUUUUGCAGGAAGAAUCCUCCAAGAGAGGCACCCCACUCUUUUUUGGACACCUUGUGCAGCACAUGUCCUUGACCUUCUUUUGGAGGACAUAGGAAAACUUGAGUGGGUGACUCCAGUUGUGGAAGAUGCAAGGAGGAUCACUAAAUAUAUCUACAAUCACCCUUGGGUCCUAAAUUUGAUGAGACAACACAUGCAAGGGAAAGAUUUGGUGAGAGCUGGUGUCACAAGGUUUGCAACGAUUUUCUUGACGUUGCAAAGCAUUCUUGCUGCAUUGACUUCUUUGAAACAAAUGUUUGUGAGUGGAGAAUGGCUUAACUCACCUUAUUCAAAGAAGCCUGAAGGAGAGGCUGUCGCAUGCAUAGUCUUCGACAACCAAUUUGCACAAAGGGCUGCAGAGAUUGUGAAGGUGUCAGAGCCCUUGGUUCGAGUUCUUCGCUUGGUGGAUGGGGAUAAAACCCCAAUGGGAUAUCUUUAUGAGGCCAUGGAUAGGGCCAAAGAGUCUAUCAAAAAUUACUACAAGGGGGAUAGGCUCAAAUUUGAUCCCAUUUGGGAAAUUGUUGAUAGGAGGUGGAACAAUCAGCUCCACCAACCCAUUCAUGCAGCAGGGUACUUCCUCAACCCUCGUUUUAGGUUCGGGGGUUCUUACUCAGAUUCGAAUGGAGAAGUCAUGGAGGGCCUCAGUACAUGCAUUGAGAGGAUGGUACCUGAUGUUGAGGAGAGAGACCUCAUUGUGAGUGAGCUCCAAAAUUAUGAGGGAGGAAGGGGUAAGCUAUUCUCUUCAGAGCUGGCUAGGAGAGGAAGAACCACUCAAACCCCAGAUGCUUGGUGGCAAAAUUGGGGUGGAAACACCCCACAUCUCAAAAAAUUUGCCCUCAGAGUCUUAUGUCAGCCUUGCAGUUCAUCCAAUUGUGAGCGCAAUUGGAGCUUGUUUGAAGCAAUCCACACGAAGAAGAGGAGCAAGUUAGCGCAGAAACGGCUCAAUGACCUUGUCUACGUGCAAUAUAAUCUUCGAUUGCGCGUAAAGAAGGUAGAGGAACUAGAAGGUGGUCCAAUUGACUUGGAUGAUAUAGAUCCUUACAGUGAUUGGACAUCACAGGAGCAGCCUCCAUUGUUUUCCGACACUGACAUCACUGAUUUGGAGAGGCAGGCUAUGGAGGAGGGGGGUGGAUUUGGUUUCAGGCUGGAUGACAUUGAGGAGGAUGAGGAUGAGGAUGAGGAUGAGGAUUCAUUGCCAGUGCCAGAGGCAGGUGGAGACAUAGCUUCAUCCAGGAUGGAGAAUGAGUCUCAAUCAACCAUACCGAGCGAGGAGGCACAGUCACGCCCAGUCCCACAGCAGACUUAUACGACUAGACAGUCUAGACCCUCUAGUUCUACCUCUCCCCAUGUUUUUGCUAGAGCUGGGAAGAGGAAGUUGUAAUUGUAAUUUGUGAUGAUGUAUUUACUUUUGGUUUUAC